AUGUCUUCUCAGAAGCCACAGACAGCCUAUUUUUCAAAUGGCCAGGCGCUAUCAAGCCCGCCAUUCUCCGUUCGCGUUUCGCGAUUCUUCGAGAGCAUCUAUGUCUUCUUCGGCUUGUACCUAGUGAGCUUUUUCUCGCUGGAUCCGUACAGCGCCGCGCAGAACUCAUCGUUUAAUGUCCAUCGCCCGAAGACCUCAAAUGGAUCCCGUAAGCCUUUUAGUGGAAGCUCCGGUUCUUAUGGCUCUGGCGGAGGUGGUGGUGGCGGCGGUCCUGGUGGGCCUGGAAGACGCAUUGGGCGGGUGGAUGAUGUUCGAGGGCCGGAAUGCCGCAGCUGUCGAUGA